UGAAGAUGAAGAUUGAAGCUCUUCUCCUCAUUGUAGCUGUUCUACAGGAUCACAGAGUUACUGCUGACGAAGGACAGAUAUAUCCACUGGAUAUGGCACUAAAUUCAGUCGAUGAUCAAUAUGUCAAAUGUACUGGGCAAAUGGAAAAUAUGGUGGACAAUUACUAUUUAGAGACAGAACAAUCUAGCUAUCCUAAGUUCAGAACGGCUUGGGAAGAUGGUAAAAGAAACGCUGUAAAACCAUCCCCAGAAAAUCCACUGAAUCGUAAUCAUUUAAUUGCCAUUUACGUGUACACUGACAGGACUGUAUAUGCAGAUUUCAAUAACGAUGUACGAAUUGGUAAAUCUACAUAUAAAAAUGGCAACUACAAAUGGAAUUCGCUUCACUUUCUGUUAACAGAUGCCGUGCAGAUUCUGAAAACAAGCCAAGAUAACUGCUACAAAACUUACCGUGGUGCAAACGUGAACAUAAAUGAUCAAAAUGUUCUGAACACAGAGGUUCGUUUGGGCUCUUUCGUUUCGUCUUCUACAGAUCCUGAAAAAACAAGGCCUUUUGGGAAAACGUCUUGCUUUGAGAUCCGCACUUGUAAAGGUGCAAAAAUUUUUAAAUAUUCCAAGUUUCCUCAUGAGAAAGAGGUGCUGAUUCCUCCAUAUGAGACGUUUAAAGUCACUAAAAUCCAGAGAAAAACAGAAAACAAAAAUCUCUGGUGGUGUGACUCUGUGUUCACCUUGGAAAGCUAUAGUACAAGAAGUGACCUGAACUGUGCUGUAGUCAAUGAUCUCUCGAAGACCUUUAAAAGUACUGUGAAAUGCAGGCUGAAUCGUUUUAAUUUAAAUGAAUAUAUGAAUUAUAUUUAUUCUACAAGAAUUCAUUAUUUACUUCACUACACAUGAGUUAUAUACAGUAGUCAACACUUUAAGUGGAUCAAAAACUUUUCAUCAAAGUUGUCCUAAAACCUUUGGAUAACGCUCAUUCUUGUCCUUGGACAAUUUUGUAAAACAUUUUGAUUUACUUCAAAUGUUUACUUCUGUAUGCUGUGGGUACGGAAAUUAUUCAUACCCCCUUAAAUCUUUCACUCUUUGUUAUA